AUGGAUAUACCAAUGUCUAUAGUUAUUGAAAAGACUUCAUUUGGUUUGGGAUUUACAUUAAAAGACGAAGGUAAACCUUACGAGUCUACUGCACUAGUAACUAAAGUUGCUCGAGGCAGUUCGGCGGAGGCAUCCGGUCUGAGAAUAGGUGAUCGGAUUGUUGCUAUUAAUCAAAAACCUGUGAAAUCCAUGACAUUUUUAGAAGUUUCCAAUUUUCUCCGAAGUGGCAGUGAUCGAAAUAUUCAACUUACAUUAUUACACAAACCUCUUGAUUCGGAUCAAUUAAUUACUGAUACAAUUUGUGAAUUAUCACCGCCUAAAAUAUUAACUUCAUCUAAUAUAGCUAAUGGUAUACAGAAUAUUUCAUUGAAAGAAUCAAAUUCCCCCAUUAUACUCACUACUAAUAGUACUACUGAUAUCUAUAAAGAUGAAAUGAAGAAUUUAUCGGAUGAUACUUCGCCAAUUGUUGUUUCAAUCUCUCAGUCGAAUAGACCAAUAGCAAAACCUCGAACUACUGUGAAUCAUUCUAUCACUAAUAAUAAUAAUAAUAAUGAGAUUAGUGGAAACUUGUUCAAUAGUGAAGAUAUUGAAAAUUUAAACAACUUAUCCAACAAUUUAUUACAACCAGUUUUAUCACAACUUCAAGAAUCUGAAUUCCAUAAUUCACCCACAAGUCAUUUACUUUCCCAUGACUUUUUAUCAUCUAAUGAAUCUCGUAAAGAAAAUUCUUACCCACUUAGUCCAAAUGAAUUAAUGCAUAAUAUUACUCCAAUUAAAAAUGACAUCCACCAAUCCAAUUCACUCAAAUCAAUCGAUCCUAAUCUGAAUACACUUGAAUCAUCAUCUACAAAAAAGUCAGGAUUUGAUUCUGUUCGAAUUAUUCGAAAGCAUACAAUGGAUCCAUCCAUGAAUGAAGAUCCAGAUACCGACACAAUACCAGUUCGAUUUGUUCGUAAACGUGCUUAUGCUUCUGCACGUCAUCCUGGUCGAUAUGAUCAAGUGAAAACGUUGACAUCAAUGAAUGUUGCCAAUUCAACGACGAAGACGACGACGACAACGACUAUUACGGAAAAUCAAUCCAUUUCACCUGUUCAUUAUUCAUCACUAUCUAAAACAACAACUUCUCAUACUUCACCAUGUCAACUUUUACCAGCUGUUAAUGUUUCACAUAAAAACUCUUUCAAUGAUCAUAGUAGUAGUGCUGAACCAAAAAUUAUUCAUUUACCGAAACGUCGAAGUUCUACUGGUAUUGGUGGGAAUAAUAAUAAUAAUAAUAAUAAUAAUGUUAUUAUUAGUCAAACUGUACAUUCCAAACAUUACAUGGUGGAUACAUUAGGUCCCACUCGUGUUGGUGGUGCUGGUGGUGAUCAUAUUGACUAUGAACAUGAUUAUAUGCUUGAUAAACAAAAUGGUACUUUUACUAAUGAAAUAUUUGGAAAAAAUGCUUUAAAUUUACAUGAAACUAAUAUUUCAUAUUCAUCACCUAAAGACAACUCAUCUAUACAUUAUCAUGGUGUAUGUACCAGUAAAUCAAAUUAUACAACAACGACUGGUACAGUUGCAUCGCAUGCAUCGAGUAAAACUAGUUUAUUAAGUUCACGUUUAUGGGCAUCAUUUGAUCAAGAUCAAAAUGAAUCAGUUUCGGAAUUGUGGACACGUGCCGGUGAAGUGUAUCAUAUACUUGAACAAGAAACUCAACGUUUAGCCAAUAAGAAAACAACAGCUAGAACAAUUGCCUCUAUUACUUCAACUGCCACGACUACUACUACUACUACCAUUAGUGGUAGUACUAGUAGUAGCAGUAAUAAUAGAACUCGUCAUUAUCCUGGAACAUUAGAUCAUUGUCAACUCAUGACUAAUUUAUCCAAUGAUCACGAUAAAAUUACAAAUAAAAAUUUACAAUCUUCAUCACAACCUCCAUAUUAUUCAAGUCCAGCACAUCAGAAUUAUCAUAAAAAUAUGUUAUCUACCAAAACUAGUCAUUACAGUUCACAUACUACAGAAUCGAAUCGUGAUCAAAAUGUUAUGAAUCCAACAACGAAACGAUCACAAUUUCGUGCUUUAUGCUCAGGUUUACGAUCACAUCGUUCAGAAUCGUCUAAACGUGAUCGUUUCAGUUCACAUAGUACAGAAUCGAAUCGUGAUCAAAAUGUUAUGAAUCCAACAACGAAACGAUCACAAUUUCGUGCUUUAUGCUCAGGUUUACGAUCACAUCGUUCAGAAUCGAAUAUACUAUGUGAUCUGUCUGGAUCAUUUUUAUCACGUCAGUGUUUUUGUAAAAUUCUUGCUAUUGGUGGAUCAGAUAAUAAAUCUUAUUCAUGGAAACCAUAUUACAUGUGUGUCUCUGGUGCUGAAGUGAAAUUUAUCAAAGCCUCUUGGGCAUUUUAUAAAACUGGACGAACAAACAAAUCGUCUAAAAGUAAAGAUGAUUUCAUCUAUCCAAGAAACAACAGUUUGUCUAACCUUCGUGAUCAUGAUACUGUUGCUAAUCAUCGUGAAAUGUGGAACACAUCGAAAUCUCAUGAUGAAUUAAACGAUGAUUCAAUUUCAUAUCAUUAUUAUCAUCCUACCUAUUGUCAAACUGAUAUUGAUGCCGAUGAUGAUUCGUUGAAUCCUGUGAACAAUACUACUACCACUACUACUAUUAAUACUACAAUAUCUACGAAUAAAUCUUAUCAUAUUCAUGCAUCAUGUUUAAUAUUGCCAAUUCCAGGUCUUGUAUGGUGUUCUGAACAAUUACCAACCAAUUUCCCUAAUUGGUUACCUCUUGGUCAUAAUUAUUCAACAAUGAAUCAUAAUGGUAGUAGUAGCAGUAGUAACAAUACUCAAACAUUAAUUUCACGUACAGUCAAUCAUCAUCAUAAUAAUAAUAAUAAUCUGAACAAUGGAAUUUAUCCCGAUUGGAUGGAUCCACAUGUGUCGGGUUUAUCACAACAACAACAACAACAACAACAUGUUUAUUCAGAUUUUCAUGAUUAUUGUUAUAAGCUGACUACAUCAGAUGAUCGAAAUCAUCAUUCAAAUACAGGGACUAAUGAAGAUAGUCGAUCUAAGUUCCGUUGUUUUCGUUUUGCACAUAUACCAGCUGGUGUAGAAUUGUUGUUUGUAUUUCCAGAUGAGAAUGCAGCAAUGGCUUGUUUAAAAAUGUGUCAGCUUUUCGGUGGACGUGAUUAUGAUGCUAAUGAACACCACAUUGGACGAUGUAAUCAUUCAAAUGCAUCUACAUUGACAAAGAAUCGAAGAAAAUCAUCAUCAUCAUCAUCUAAUCCGUAUGAAUUAUUUUUCUUAAAAUUAUCAUCACAAUCGUAUGAAAAUUCAGUGAAAUCAAUCAAAAAAUGUUCGCAUCAUUUCGCUCUGAACGAUAAUUACAAUCAUAAAUCUCGUCCACCUUUAACAAUUAGCACUAAUAGCAACAACGAAAAUGACAACAGCAAUGAUGACGGAGAUGAUGAUAUUGUACGCAAUGACUACACCGGUGAUAAUCAUAACAACAUUGAUAAUUUUGAUUAUUCAAUGCAUAGAAAUGUAUUUAUUCAACCGCCUAAUUUACAUUAUACAAAUGCUGAUAGUCCUUGUAUUACUACUACUUAUGGACCAUAUUGUUUAAUGAAAGAUAGACGUCGAUUACAUCGUCGUUAUGUUGUUCAUCGACCUAUGAUAGAUUCUGAUUAUACACAUAGUAAUUUAAUUGCUGACGAUGUCAAUACAAUAAAGAAUCCAGGCAAAAAUAAUAACAAUAAUGUCAAUAAAUCUGAAGUUGUCAACAAGUUUUGGUUACGAGUUCGAGAGAAAAUCGAUUUAGAUGGAAUUCAGUCGGACAAUAGUGAAUCAAUGACAACUGAUAUUUCCAGUAGUAGUAAUAGUCGAAUAACCACUGAUGUUAUUUCUAGUAAUAAUAACAGCAAUAACAACAAUAUUGACGAUAAAUCACAGUCAAUCAAUAUAAUUCGUACAAAUAAAUUACUACGUGGAUUUAAACAAUGGCUUCAACGUCCUGUUGGUGGUGUAAAUACCAAUAAUAAUAGUAACAAUAAUACUAGUAGUAGUAAUAGUAUCAGUAAUAAUAAUAAUAAUACUAAUCCUAAUUGUUCCAUUGUUGGUUCAAUGAAUUUCUCAACUGCAAAUCAUCUGAUCAAUACAGUGAAUAAUGUCGCACCACUGACUACGGGUUAUUUCGGUGGUGGUGGUGGCGGCGGCGGCGCAGGUCCCACUAACAGUAAUACAAAUCAACAUCAUCAUCAUCAUGUGAACAUUAAUAACAAUUGGGAAUUAUCUUCUACAGUGGAUGUUUCCCAUGCAGAAUCUCCAAAUAAUGAACAGAAAUUUUGUUCAAUAACGAUAGUUGGUGAUCCUCCAAACAUGACUGAUUUAGAUAGUUCUGGUCCGGUAUUCGGUGCUCCAUUAGAAUUACAAUUAGAAAGUCCUGAUUAUCCAUGUGUUCCAGUUUUAUUACAAGCUAUUGUUAUCGCUUUAGAAUUGCAUGGACUUCAUUUAUCUGGUCUUUAUAGAAAACCUGGUCGACAUCGUACAAUUGCACAGUUUGUCUCUACACUACAUCAACAUCCUGAUGAUAUCGAUUUGAUGUUUAGUUUGGAUGCAUGGCGUGAACCGAAUGCUCUGUGCGGUUUAUUUAAACAUUAUCUUCGACGAUUACCUGUUGGAUUAUUUUCUUUAUCUUCAUGGGAACCAUUAUUUUGUCUAGUACCAGAGAUAACCAAUUCAUCAGAUAUGAAACAAUUAGCUUAUCUAUUACUAUCAAUUCGUGUUCAAUUGAAAAAAAUGGCAUUUGAUGCUUUUGGUAUUCCAACUAUGAACACAAUGCCUGUCGAUGUACAGAAUAAUUCUUUCUCUUCAACUGAUAUCUCUAUCAGUUAUCAUCAUCCAUUCAAUGGAUUGAUGAAUUCUACCAAUAAUAAUGAUCAACAAUUAUUCAAAUCAUCAUUGACAAUCUCACCACCUAUAUCUCCUCAACCUAUGGCAUCAAACGAUUUUCAAUCCAAACUUAAAUUGAAUCAAUCAUGCACUAAUACUCUGUCUAAUAAACAAUCAUUUCGUGUUUGGCGUUGGGCUACAUUAUGCUUUAUUAUGGAUCAUAUUAUGCGAGUUGUUGCACAUGAACAUUGUAAUGCAGUGACUUAUCAAUGUAUAGCUAUCUGUUUUGGUCCGGUUUUCUUUGGGAAUUCAUCAAAACUGCCAAAAUUAAAUGAGGUUCUUGAACAUUUAUUUCGACAUUGGUAUUGGCUUAUUGACAAUUUGCCAAUGAUUACAAAUGAUUCAUUAACAAAUAUCGAUUUGAGUAGUAUAAAUAAUGAACCAACUUUAUUGGAUGCUAUAACUUAUUUAACUGCUAAUAAUACUACUGCUACUACCAGUACUGGUACUACUACAGCAGCAGCAAAGUUUAAACAUCACAAAAAAUCAAUUUUCCAAGAUCAAAAUCGUCAUCAUCACCGUUAUUAUUAUCAUCAUCCUAUUCAACGAUCAGGUAUGACACAUGAAACAAUCAAUAAUAAUGAUAGUUUGUCUUCGCCUACUAUUAAUUCGUCUGCUUCUUCUACACAACAUAAAUCAACUGAUGUUAUUCAUGUUGAAAAACAAUCUUCUACUUUAUCGUCAUCAUCAUCAACAUCAUCGUCGUCUGGUGAACAUGAGCAACAAGCUGUGGUGGAACAUGAUUUAACUGUGAAUCGAUUUGAUAAUGAAGAUGAAUUGAAUGAAGAAGUUAUUAAACAAGUUCGUUCUUUAUGGUUAAAAGCUUUGGAGAAAGCUUUGAAUGCUCAAUCACAUAAGAAUGCACAAAUAAAUGAGAAAUCCACUGAUUGAAUAUUCCAACUAUCAGUUAAUCGGUUUAUCCACUGUCUAUACAAAUUGCACUUCCCAUCGUCGCACCGACUCCGGUAGAUCUGUUUUUUUUUAAGGUGUUCAAUUACUUUAUUUUAGAGAGAGAUAAAACAAUACCCGGUUUUGUGUGUGUGUGUGUACGUGUGUUUGUGUAUGUCUUUAUUCUGUUCUUUUUUCUUAUGUAUAAAGUUUUUAUUCUGUCAACGUUUCUUUUCAAACAUUGUGUUCCUUUAUUUCGCGUUUCAAUGUUUGUCAACAUUUCUUUAACACUCGACUGCAUAUUUUCUUAUCUGAACGAACGUGUUGUUGUUUUUUUCCCUUUCCAAUGUCAUGUAUUAUUUAAUAACUAAUCAGUUGAUCGGUCUCCUUUAACUACUCCCUCCAUGAGUUCGAAACAAAGCGAGCAAUACUUCUACCAAAUUUUGAUUUACAUUAUUUCACAAAAAGCUACUUAUUAUUUAUAUGAGUAGUUUGUUUGAUAUUUUCAAAAUAGAGAAAAUUUUCUUUUCUCAAACCAAAUACGCACAAUUAUUUUGAUUAUUUAGAAGAAAAAUAAAUUUCUGUCAUCAAAUUUUCAAUUCAACUUGAUCCACAUCUCUCAAUAUAUAAUUAUUGUUCUAUGAUUAUUGUAAUCUACCUCGGAUUAUUUCAUUUAUUAUUCCUGUUAUUCUUGUUAUUAUAUUAAUCAGUUUGUAAAAAUGAAAUUUUUCUUAAAAUUCAUUCAUUAGUAAAAAUAAAACUGAA